AAAAUUAAUUUAUCUUUGGUCUUUACUACUACUACCCCCCUCUGUUCUCUGUGUACACUUUUCCCCCCUUUCUUAGUUUCAUUACCUCACUCUUUCCGUAUCAAAGUCAGAGACAAACGCUCAUUCGCCGCGUGAUCCGACGCAAUGGACGUACGCGAGACGCCCCGCCCACCGCCGCCCACCAUGAUGGUGGGCCCUACAUCCUACGGUUCCACCAACCUCGGCCCUAAUUCCUCCUCCUCCUCCGCCGCCGCCAUGCUGGCCCCCGCCACCGCGCGAUUCCCCUUUGGCGCCGUUCCUCCGCCGCAACAGCAUCAGCCUCCGCCCUCGUCGGAGCCCUUCCCCGCCUCCGCCGCAUAUGACGGCUCCUCCUCGCCGAUGAAGCCCUGCUCCCUCGCCAAGAAGAAGCGCGGGCGGCCCCGCAAAUACUCGCCGGACGGUAGCAUUGCCCUCGGCCUCGCUCCCACCCAUACCUCGCCGCCCGCCUCCGCAGCCGCCGGAGGCGGAAGCGCCGGCGAUUCGGCCGGCACGGCGUCUGCCGAUGCUCCGGCGAAGAAGCACCGCGGAAGGCCGCCCGGGUCUGGGAAGAAACAGCUUGAUGCCCUUGGUGCUGGUGGGGUUGGAUUCACUCCCCACGUGAUCAUGGUGGAGUCUGGCGAGGACAUCACAGCAAAAAUAAUGGCCUUUUCUCAGCAAGGGCCUCGGACAGUUUGUAUUCUUUCUGCUAUUGGUGCAAUCGGUAAUGUUACCCUUCGACAGCCUGCAAUGUCUGGUGGUAUUGCUACCUACGAGGGCCGCUUUGAGAUUAUAUCUUUAUCAGGUUCUUUGCAGCAAUCUGAAAAUAACGGUGAUCGUAGCAGAACAUGCACUUUGAAUGUAACUCUUGCAGGGUCUGAUGGACGUGUUUUGGGUGGUGGAGUCGCUGGAACGCUAACUGCAGCAUCAACUGUACAGGUCAUUGUGGGUAGCUUUAUUGCGUUUGCGAAAAAGUCGAGCUCAAGUGCCCUGAAAUCUGGGUCUUCUUCUGCACCACCACCCCAAAUGCUAACCUUUGGUGCACCCAUGACCCCAAAUAGUCCUACCUCUCAAGGGCCUUCAACUGAAUCCUCUGAGGAACAGGAUCAUAGUCCAUUUUGUAGGGGGCCAGGGCCUGGACAUGGACUCUAUAAUAAUGCUAGCCAGCCCGUUCAUAAUAUGCCCAUGUACCAUCAUCCACUAUGGGCUGGCCAAUCUCAUCAGUGAAGGUGUGAUUUCGGAUUAACAGUGCAGAAACUGCGUAUUUAGCAUGAUGCCUGUUCAAAGUAGUGGCUAGAGGUCAAUUCUAAAAUGCUAACUGCAUUUUUGAGACUGACUUUAGAACAGUCUAUCUUAAGGUUAAAGUUCUUCAGUUGAUUAUUAGUUUUUUUUUCCUUCUCCUUUUAAUUAUAAUCGUAACAUUUCUAGUGAUGAUAGCCAAAGAUAUGGUGCCAAUUAUCCGAAUUCUGUCAUUUUGAAGAUUGCUGUCUGCACUCCGCAGUAGCAUAUAGCAGAAUCAGAAUGUGCUUUCCUCCAUGCAUCGUGCUUUAUUGUUUAUGACAAAUGCUAAUCAGUAAAAAAAGUAAAUGUUUUUAUUUGGAUGCGUACAAAUACAUUCUCCUAUAGUUUUUAAAUAUAUGCUCUAAUAUAAUUUCUAAUAAAA